ACAGCUACAGUCCUGGAGGUCUAUAAUUUAUUUCGAACCAAGUGCACCAGUGUCAACAAAUAUGAAAAGUAUACUUUACGGGUUUACAGUAUUCUCUUGGUGCUUAUUUUAUUCACAACCACACUUGUUAAGCGUUGAAGACGUUUUUGUUUGCGACAAUACUUCUGUUCGCAUGUAUUUUGACGGUAAAUACAAUUAUUCACAUUCCACAGCACACAGCAAUGGAUACUUUGAAGUUUUAAGGCAUAUAAGCGCAGAAGACAAUUUUGAAAUAGCCGGUGAGGCGUAUCAGAAAACCGGCGGAAAAUGGGCGAAAAAUAAUCAAAUAUGUAUGUCCAAGACCAAUUUGUGUUUUAUUUUGAUCACCGACAUUUUGCUUUUCCCCAUGAUCCGAAAAGUGGUAAAUCUCGAGAACCACUGUCCGAUAAAAAAAGGUCGGUAUUUGAUUCACAGUGGGCGUUUGGUGUCGAAAUAUCAUCCCAUCUUGCCAUACGGGUGCUGGAAGAUUGUCAUUUAUGUGGAAAAACCAAACUCGAAUCAUGUAGAAAAAUUAUGUAUUUUACUGAAUUCUGCAGAGUCGCUCAAGUCGAAUGAUCCAAUAUGCUAAUACCGUAGUACACUUUGAAGUUUGAGAACAAUUAAACAACCUUAACAUAGUUUAACAAUAUGAAAUAAUAAUUAUACUGGAUAUACUAAAUAAUAAUUAAUUGUUCAAUAAUAAUCAUUAUU